AUGCCUGCCCUUCGCCAUCUUGCUCGUCGCUCAGCACGACUUAGAGCCAACACUCAAGAGGCCUCCUCGUCGCAACGACAACCUGAAUCCAAUCGUCAAGAUACAAUCAAGUUCGCUAUCCAGUGGGAAAGGGAUCAUGCUCUCACUACAAUCCUCAUCAAUCAUCUGACUACUCACCCACCUGAUUGUCGCAUCCUGUUCUAUUCUGAUGGUAAGAAAGCAAUGCCUAACGUUGAUGAUGCCCCCUCGGGCAAGGACAAGAAUGAAAUACAUGAUGUUAUUGCCAAGCUCAUCUUUGUGACCCACCCCAAAUACAAGACCGCAUAUCAUCAGGAUCUGAAGAAGUUUCGUGUGUCAGUCGCCAACUGCAUCACAGCUCUCAAAAAUAAAUACAAGAAGUGCAAGGCCAAGUUCAGCGCAACGGGUGCUGGUGUGGUGCCAUUGGACGCGACUACCUCGAACAACUUAUUGGAUGAAGUCAAUGCUGAACUUCCAUGGUAUACCGAUCUCAAUAGCAUGUGGCACUCGAUCCCAUCUUUUGCGAUUAAAUCGCAUUCAUCCAGGCCGGAGGUUGACCACGCGGGUAAUCUCUAUGCGCUCGUACAGCCGCAUGGUGACCCUGGCAGGGCUGGUCCCUCGAUGAAUUUUGAGGGUGCCAGCUCAGCCAUCACACAGUGCAUCCUCCCCCCAAUUGCAGCCCCAUCUGCCAUCACACAGUGCAUCCUCCACUCAGCUGCAGCCCCACAGUACAUUCUCCCCCCAGCCCCAACCCUCUAA